UACUACCUGUUCCAGGCCAUGCGGUUCGGGGUGGAGGAAAUCAACAACUCCAGCUGCCUCCUGCCCAACGUCACGCUGGGGUACGAGAUCUACGACACUUGCUCGGCAUCGUCCAACAUGUACGCCACGCUGAGCCUCCUCUCCCAGGGUGGCGGAGAGGGCUGCUGCGGUGCCCGGCAGCUGGCGGUGGCUGCCAACUACACCCACUCCCUGCCCAAGGUUGUGGGCGUCAUCGGGCCAGACACCAGUGAGAAUGCUUUCACGACAGCCAGUCUGCUGGGCGUCUUCUGCAUGCCAGAGGUCAGCUACGAAGCCUCCAGUAAGAUGCUCAGCGACAAGCGGGCCUUCCCUUCCUUCCUGCGCACCAUCCCCAGCGACCAGCUGCAGGUAGACGCCAUGGUGCGCCUGCUGAAGGCUUUUGGGUGGACCUGGGUCGCGGUGGUGGGCAGCAACAACAACUACGGGCUCCAGGGCCUGCAGAUGCUGCACGAAGCGGCCCCCCAGGAAGGCAUCUGCUUCGCCUACCAGGGCGUCAUCCCUGCCAGCAGCGCAGAGGUGGCCCACAUGGUCCUGGAGGUGGUGGCUUCUGCCGCCAACGUGGUGGCCGUCUUCGCCAACAAGCGCAGCGCCUUCCUGUUCCUCCAGGAGGCCGCCCGGCAGAACGUGACCGGGAAGGUGUGGCUGGGCACGGAGGACUGGUCCUUGGCCACGGAAAUCUGGGAGAUCUCCGGCAUUCAGGGAAUCGGCACAGUCCUCGGGGUAACCGUCCAUCAGGCACGCCUUUCGGGGAUGAAGGCGUUUGAAGCAGCUUUUGCCGCAUCAGAGGAAGCGGGCGCCCGCCCGGAGCACGGAGGCGACGCUGCCUCAUGUCAAAAUUGCAAGGAAAAGUGUGGCCAGCGAUUCUCCCGGUUCCGCAAGCUGCCUGACAGGCAGGAGCCAUCGCCCUACGACACACAAGGGGCGUUUAAUGUGUAUUCGGCGGUGUAUGUCAUGGCGCAUGCCCUCCACCGUCUGCUGGGCUGCCAAACUGGUGUGUGCCAUAAGGGCACCGUCUAUCCGUGGCAGCUCCUGAAGGAAGUGAAGCGGGUGAACUUCAGCCUGAACCACAGACAGAUUUAUUUUGAUGCCAAUGGGGACCCCUUGGUUGGCUACGACCUGGUCUUGUGGACAUGGGCUGGGCAGGAGUGGAACUACACCGUGGUGGGCUCCUUUGACAGGAACCCGGACCGCCUGAGCAUCCACAAGGACAGGCUCCUGUGGCACACAGAGGAUAAUCAGGUCCCUGUCUCCGUGUGCUCCAAGGAAUGCGGCAUGGGGGAGCAGAAGGUGCAGCAGGGCAUGCACCAGUGCUGUUUCCACUGCGUGGGCUGCUCUCCAGGAACCUUCCUGAACAGAAGCGAACCGUACACCUGCCAGAAGUGCCGGAAGGACCAGUGGGCGCCUGGCAGAAGCGAAGCCUGCUUCGACCGCACCGUCGUCUUCCUGCUGUGGGACGACCCCGUCUCCGUGGCCCUGUUGGCAGCCAACACCCUCCUGCUACUGCUCGUGGGCGGAACCAUAGGAGUCUUCGCGCACAACCGCCACACACCCGUCGUAAAGUCGGCCGGCGGUUGGAUGUGCUUUGCCAUGCUGGGCUCCCUGGCCUGCGCCUGCCUCAGCCUCUACUGCUUCUUCGGGGCCCCAGGGCACUUUGCCUGCAUUCUGAGGUUGUCGGUGUACAGCACCUGCCUCACUGUGUGCCUCUCGUGCAUGGUGGCGCGCUCGGUGCAGAUCGUCAUUGUCUUCAAGAUGGCGGCCAGGGCUCCAGGCCUGUACGGGGCCUGGCGGAGGUACCACGGCUCCAGCCUGCUCAUAGGAGCCAUCACUGGGCUGCAAGGCACAAUGGUCCUCACCUCCCUCAGCAUCGGCCCACCGGUCCCCUACAAGAACUACAAGGCCUUUGAGGAGCUGAUUCUCCUGGAGUGCGGCCAGGGCAACACGGUGAUCCCCCUUUUCUGGAUGAUCUUCAACAGCCUGCUGGGCGUGGCUUGCUUCACCAUCAGCUACAUGGGGAAGGACCUUCCCAACAGCUACAACGAAGCCAAGUGCAUCACGUUCAGCAACCUCAUCUAUUUCGUCUCCUUCAUCACGUACACCACCGCCGCGAGCAUCUACAAGGGCAAGUACCUGGCGGCUAUCUACAUCGCCACCCUCCUCUCCACCCUCGCCGGGAUCUUCGGGGGCUACUUCGCCCCCAAGGCCUACGUCAUCCUCUUCCACUCCCAUCUCAACACCAACCAACACUUCCAGAUGUCCAUUCAGAGCUACACAAAGAGGGUGAACGCAGCAGGCUGAGCGGCGGGAAGGUCGGGCGGCCAAGGCGAGAUGGGCUUUGCCUUCUCAGUUUCACGU